AUGGCGAUGCAUCCCUAUUGUCAUUCUGAAGUGCCGGUAGAGGGAGACGAUGACUAUGGUGAUGGUAGUGGUGGUCAUGGUUAUGGAGGGGAUAAUUAUGGUGAUAGAUUGUUGUUGGAGACGAUGCCAUAUGACGACAAUUUGUAUUUUGAUCCCUCGGUUUUGGAUAAAAAGGAAUAUGAAGAUUUCUCUCACUUCUUCCAAGUUGAUAUUGUGUUCGGCAGUAGGGAAGAAUUAAUCAACUGGGCGAAAGAAACUGCAGUUAGUCAUUGUCACCGUUUGAUUUGUCAGUCUAGAAGGGAGAAUGCACAGUACAUGACGUGUGACAAAUACGGACAUGGCCGACAAACGAAUAUCGAUGUGGAAGAUCCUAGAAACUCAGGAACAAAAAAAUGUGGUUGUCCGUUCAAAUUGAUUGGCAAAAGGUCAAGGUUUGAUGAAUUAUGGCGGUUGACUGUCAGCGAUGGCAGGCAUAGUCAUCGUCCGACUUUGUUUCCUCACGGACAAGGUACGACUAGUCGUAUAACUCCGCAACAGAAAGCAAGAAUUAAAGAAUUGCGAAAUUCUCACGUGAAGCCAAUGCUGAUCAUGGAUAGACUGAGAAAAGAUGAUCCGACGAUACAAACCUCUAUGAAGCAUGUUUACAAUGAGUUGGCCAAGAUUAAAUCUGAGGAAAUGGAGGGCAUGACUGUUAUUCAGUUUAUGAUGCAUAACUUUCAAAAAGGCGAGUAUCGAUAUUGGCAUCGCGUCGAUAGUGAAACGAGCAACACGAUUACAGAUAUUAUGUUUGCAUGUCCCGAAUCUAUUCAGUUAUUACGGUUGUUCCCGUAUGUUAUAUUGAUGGACUGCACAUACAAAACCAAUAAGUAUGGAAUGCCUCUUUUGGAAAUAAUUGGGAUAACUCCAGUUGGGAGGAAUUAUACAAUUGCUGUUGCAUUUAUGUCGCAUGAAGAUGCAGACACCUACGAGUGGACUUUGAAUUGUUUGAAAGAGUUGCUAGAUGGUGUCGAACCUGAUGCGAUCUUGACAGACAGAGAGUUGGGUCUUUUGAAAGCACUGCCAAAUGUCUUCCCAUUUUCGUAUCAUAUGUUGUGUAUAUUCCAUAUAAACAGAAAUGUUGAGGCAAAUGCGACGAAAUUUAUGGGAGGCAACAAGGACCAAGGUCUAAUAUUCCGACGUGUGCUGUGGGCUAAGCUGGUGAAAUCAGAAACCGAAGAAGAGUAUCAUUACAAUUACAAUGAAAUUGUUGGACGGUAUGCAGGGUAUCCUAGGCUGAUACAGUAUUUGAAUGAUACGUGGUUGAUAUACAAGGAGAAGUUUGUUCGUGCCUAUACUCGCAAUGUGUAUCAUUUUGGCAACACGAGCACCAACAGGGUGGAGAGCGCUCAUUCUUCAGCGAAGGGUUGGUUAAAUGCUUCGACCGGAGGUCUGGAUAACGUGCAAGGCAAACUUCGGGACCAAGUUUAUAUCCAAAUUAGUGAGCUGAAGUGCGAUUUUUCAUUAUCAUCCAAGAUAAGGAAGCAUACUGCAGCAUGGCCGUGUUUUCAGGGUUUGAUUUGUUAUGUUACGCAUCUGGCAUUAGAGAAAUUGGAUGAAGAGAUGGAGUCCCCGGCGAUGCAAGAUCCGAGUAUUUGCACACACUAUCUUUGGAAUACUCAUGGGCUCCCAUGCGCGUGCAAAAUUGUGCAGAAAAUGGAAGAUAAUGACACGUUCGUCAUUUCAGACUUGCAUCCAUUCUGGAGUACCAUGGCAGUUGAGCCUUCGGAGCUACCUGAGUAUCAAGUAAACCGCGAGGAGAUUGUGGAUAGACAGAUUGAUGACCUGAAUUGCAAUUUGAAGAAGAUGAAUUACACGAGUAAGAUAAAUGCCGUGGCCUCAUUGCGUGGCAUCGUUUAUCCGUCUACGUCGCAUCUGUCCGAACCAUCAUUUGUUAAGACCAAAGGACGACCAAAGAAUAACUCGACAAAGAGAGACCCUUCUGGAUGGCAGUAUCAUAUUGAUGAGGAGACAAUUAAGUCGUCGUGUGGUUCCAAGGGUCGCCAAACCUCAUCUGGUGCAAAGAUUCCUAAAACAAAGGUUGAGAGAAGCACUGAUGGAACGCCUCAAUCGAAGAUGAAAGGUCGUGGUUCUCGUAUUCCCACACAAGAAUCUGCUGCCCCUACAAUACCUGCACAUGAAGGAAUCGACUUUUAUUCUUUCGUGCCCAGAUUUAUGGUCCGUCUUAUUCAAGAUUAUGUUAACGUGAUGGCGGAUGGCAACUGUGGGUACCGGUGCGUUGCUCAAGCCGUGUACGGGGAUCAAGAAAGAUGGCCGCAAGUGAGAGGGGAGUUGCUUAUUGAGUUAUACGAGCAUGCUAGUGUCUACACGGCGAUGUUUGGCAGUACCGGAUACGUUGAGGUCAUACGCAAGUGUGACUGGACCUCAGGGCCUUGUCCACAAGCUUAUUGGAUGGACAUGAAUGAAAUGGGAUUGGCCAUUGCUACCAGAUACAGUGCAUUAGUGUUUUCGAUUUGCUGCAGUUUGCAGUUUUCGAUUUUUGGGUUCUUGAUCGUUUGCAGUUUCGAUUUGCUGCAGUUUGCAGUUUUCGAUUUUUGGGUUCUUGAUCGUUUGCAGUUUUCGAUUUGCUGCAAUUUGCAGUUUUCGAUUUUUGGGUUCUUGAUCUUUGCAGUUUUCGAUUUUUGGGUUCUUGAUCGUUUGCAGUUUUCGAUUUGGUCGUUUGCAGUUUUCGAUUUGCUGUUCAAUUUGCUGUUCAAUUUUGGGGUUCUUGGUCGUUUUACCAGGUCGUUUUGGGUACCAGAUCGUUUUGGGUACCAGGUCGUUUUGGGUGUUUGUCAUUAA